CAGUUGAAAACCGCACAUCGGGCUGUGUUGACCGGUGAAAUUUUCGAGAGCCCGCGAUGUUUUGAAAGGACUAAAAGAAUCGUAUAAUUCAAAUAUAUGAAAAGAUAUAUAAAGAAUAUUAAAGAAUUAUAAUAUGCAAAAGAAACUUGAAAUUAUGCAUUGCGAAAAUUAAAAAAGGGAGUCUUAAAAAAGUGGAAAAAGUUCAAAAAUCAUAUGAAAAUUAUUAUUUUAUUAAAUAUUUUAUAAUUUAACAAAUACUAAGCGAAAUCGAAUUUCUUAAAUUUUGUGCGUUUUACCAAAUUUUCACAUUAAAAAGAAAAAAUGUUUAGAAAAUGUGUAACGACCUUGGUGCAAAAUAAAAUCGCCAGCACUACGGGGUCUUUAGUCCCAAUCACUGGCCACGCAUUGAACAAACGCGCCCAGCAUACCAGAGCCAGUAGUCGUCCGCCGAAAAUUUUGAUCACCGGUGGUCUGGGCCAGCUUGGUACCGAAUGCGCCAAACUUCUACGCUCCCAAUACGGCGAUGACAGUGUCGUCCUCUCAGACAUUGUAAAACCCAGCAAGGAGGUGGCAGAAAGUGGGCCCUACAUAUUCGCAGAUAUUUUAGAUUUCAAAGGACUGCAGAAGAUCGUGGUGGAUCAUCGCGUAGAUUGGCUGAUACACUUUUCGGCGUUGCUGAGCGCGAUUGGGGAACAAAAUGUGCCGCUGGCGGUGCGCGUCAACAUUGAAGGCGUCCAUAAUGUCAUCGAACUUGCCAAACAGUACAAUUUACGCAUUUUUGUUCCGAGCACCAUCGGUGCAUUCGGCCCAGACAGUCCACGUAAUCCCACUCCCAAUGUGACGAUUCAACGUCCCCGCACAAUGUAUGGCGUUUCCAAAGUGCAUGCCGAGCUGAUGGGCGAGUAUUAUUUCCAUAAAUUUGGUUUAGACUUUAGAUGCUUGCGUUUCCCAGGUGUCAUUUCAAGCGAUCCCCCAGGCGGUGGCACUACUGAUUACGCUGUUGCCAUUUUUCAUGAAGCCUUGCGCACCGGCAAAUACACCUGCUAUUUGCGUCCUGACACGUGCUUGCCCAUGAUGUACAUUGAGGAUUGUCUCCGCGCCUUGCAUUCUUUUAUGUGUGCACCGCCAGAACGUUUGAAACGUCGCGUCUACAACGUCACAGCCAUGUCCUUCACACCUGAGCAGCUGGUAGAGAAAUUAAGUCGUUAUAUUCCAAAUUUGCAUGUUACCUAUAAGCCAGACGGUCGGCAAGCGAUCGCGGAUUCUUGGCCGCAAGUUUUCGAUGAUUCUGAGGCUCGUAGAGAUUGGGGCUGGCAGCAUAAGCACGAUCUGGACAAUUUAGUAGAUUUUAUGGUGAAAGAGGUCCAAGAGAAUUAUAUUAAUGUGGAAAAUGCAAAAGUUCUAGCCUCUGCAUGAAAAUUCUUCGAUUAAAUACUUGAUUUUUUA